CGCGUACAAACGGGCAAGGUAACCAGAAGGAAUCGAAUCAGCCAUCACGAUGAAGAGUUGGACAAUUCUAGCCUUGCUGGUCGCAAUCUGUGCUGUGUUCCUUGGUGUUGGACACGCUGAAGAAACUGCAGAUGAUUUCAGAGAAGCAGCUUUGGAAGAUACCUAUAGUGACACUGACGAAAAUGAUGUGCGAUUGUAAGUCUGUGCUUUUUAAUUUCCUUCUUUUGUUCAUAUAUAAAUAACCCAUGCAGUAUAAAUAAAGUUAGUUUGAUUUAGGUAGUAACACAGGACAAAUAAGGGGUGGCUCUUAUACUGAACCUCUAGGGAGAAAGUUUAGAAAUGGUAGAGCUAAGUAUGAGUAAAAAGUUCGUUUAGUUUUGUUGAAAGAAAGUCUUUUAUGAUUAUUUUAACAAUCUAAGUAUAUUAUUUGCAGGGCAGAUUCAUUUGUGAAUCGAGAAAAUGAUGCUGAUGACGAAAAUGAUGAUGAAGAUGAUGACGAAAGUGAUGGUGAAGAUGAUGACGAAAGUGAUGGUGAUGAUGAAACGUAAGUCAAAAUAUUUACGAAAAGCGUUAUCUUGCUCAAUUCUCAGCUAUACUCUACAAGACCAGUUCACAUCACUCAACGAUCUUCCUUUUCCUUCUGACAACCCUUCUCUUAUUGAAAACCUUGUUUUGACUAACUAGCUACAACAUGCACAUACCAUAAUAUCUAUCUGCAAUACUGCAAAUUAAAGUUAGGCGGUAUAACGGUAUUCCAGUUAUAGUUAUUCACGGUAUUUAGUUGAUGGCGGUGUUGGUUUUAUACCGGACCGGUAUACCGUAUAUCAGCGGUAUACUGUAAGAGUUACCGGUAUCAUGGCUAUCAUUAGUUUAUCUUUUUAUUUGAACAACAAGAAAAGUUCACAAACACAAUGUAUGUGUGCAGAAAAUAGGAUCUCAAUAUAUUAAGCUGUUGGCACUUGGCAAUGAAAAUUUAACACCUACCUAGGUUGAAGAAUGGCCAAAGAAUAACCGUCGUUCUAAGACUAAGUUUUCUAAUGCGAAGCCAAUACUUUAGCCAUUUAUAACAAAUUAAACCAAAUGUACGUAUUUGCACAUAGCUACGCAAAAUUAAGGCAAAUAAAUCACACACAGUUGUCUAAAUAAUCGCAGCGUUAGGUCAGGCAAUUCUUAUUCGGUAGCCAGUAUUGAAAUUUCAAUAUCGCAUAACUUAACUGCAAAUUCAUACUUCUUGUAAAUCCUUCUUGAAAAUAGCUAGAUUUAGAAUACACCAGUGAAAUGGUAAAUGCCAUUAAAAUUAAUAUAUGUUCUCACAUUUUAGGGAGAACACCCUAGAGAGUGUAAAAGGGACACCUUCAAAUGACGACGAAAAACCCAAACGUUCACCAUGGUGGCACCACUUUCGUCGCCAUCAUCACCGUCGUCACCACCAUCAUCACCAUCCUCACCAUCAUCAUCGUCGACAUCGCCAUAGACGACAUGGAUGCGGUAAAUAGUCUUGGAGACGAAGGUAUGUGCGAAAUAUUGAUGAUUUAACUUUUUGCAUCUCCGCUAAUGUAUGCACGAGCUGUCUGGGGCUGAUUUUCCGGGCUGAAAUUUCAGCACGGGCCAUAAGGGACAAAAUCCUAUUAAAACACAGCAAGCGAAACUAGUUCGUCAUGUAAUCGACGGGGAAUUUCAACUCGCUGGUUGAAAAAAAAACCAACAUUUAAGUGGCUUUAUGGCCAUAUCAGUUAGCUGCAUACUUAUGGCUGUUCCAUACAGAAUCGUACAUUUAUCAUUCUCAAAAUUAUAAGUGCCAAUUGGCUUAAUAAGUAAUAAUAAUUUUCUCGGGGCGGACGGGAGGGGGGGGUAGUUUCCUUUGCUGCACACCCCUUUUCCCCUACCUAAUAACCACUGUCACACUGCACAACCAACACCUCAAAAUAUUCUUAUUUGAUUCUUUAGAAAAUUAUUUCACAUUAGACAAACUUACUUUGUAUCUUUAUUACUAUUCAAAUGCGAGCAUGUUCCACAUUCUACUCCACCGACACUUUCUAUAUAUAACAUAUACUCAUAAGGGAUGAAAAAUGAAAGAAAUGGGACGAAAAAUGUCGGAAGCCUGCUCACAAUAGAGACGUUCAGAUUUGACUUCCACUACCGUCACCCCUACGACCAUUAACCAAUCAGAUGAGUUUGAUAUAUCCGAUCAACCAAUCAGAUGCGUACUAAGCCAAUGAUAGGUAGUGGAAGAGAAAUCUGAACUUUUCUAAUUUCCUUGCGAGUACUUUUUUCAUGAGAUGGCUUUACGUCAGAAAUUAGGUUGCAAGUUGCGGCAAAAGUUGUUUCGUAUAACCCGGCAUUAAGUUAAUAUGUAUAUUUUCUUCUUCCACAGAAUAUUUAAACGGCGAAAUCGUUAUUACAGCGGAAGAAGCCAAAGAAUUAAUGAAACAUGGUGGUGCACGAAUAAUUGUAUAUCAUCAAUAACGUAAUCUUUUAACUCUCUUAUCACAUUCAAAAUCAGUGUAACUUUGGCACGAGCGUAGCUUAAUCAUAAAUAUUUGUAUGUUUAGCUUUGUAAUGUUAAGUAAGGUUUUAUUUCAUAAAUAAAUUGCACAUUAAUCCGUAUUUUACUAAUAGAGUUUUCUAAAUGUGUUUAGUCCU